ACAAACUUGUAACCGUCAUGAUGUAAGUUAGAUCCAUCAUCUCUAUGUUUUUAGGGCUUACCAAUAUUCAAAGGUUCACAAUUUAUCAACCAAUAUCCCCAACCCAAUUUACCCUUCCAUUCCUUCAUUAUCCCCCAUCACCUUUUCUCCACAAUAUCCCCAUUUCAAAUCUCAACUGUUCAUCUGCAAGAGUAACUGUCAAAAUUUAUCGGUUAUGGAUCGUCUCGCUAGCUCGCCACGACUUAUGAUCGUUUCGGAUUUGGAUCACACAAUGGUUGAUCAUCACGAUCCCGAGAAUCUGUCUAUACUAAGGUUUAACGCGUUAUGGGAGGCAAAAUACCGCCACGAUUCGCUACUAGUGUUCUCGACUGGACGGUCGCCUGUGUUGUACAAGCAGUUGAGAAAAGAGAAGCCUAUGUUAACACCGGAUAUAACGAUUAUGUCUGUGGGGACGGAGAUAACGUAUGGUGAUGACAUGGUGCCGGAUGAAGGGUGGGUUGAGUGUUUGAACCAGAAAUGGGAUAGAAACAUUGUGUCUGAAGAAACCAGCAAGUUUUCCGAACUCACUAUGCAAUCUGAAACGGAGCAACGGCAACACAAAGCUAGCUUUUAUGUUGAGAAAGGGAAGGCUCAAGAAGUGAUGAAGACUCUUUCUGAACGACUAGUCAACCGAGGGCUAGAUGUGAAAAUAAUUUACAGUGGCGGGAUGGAUUUGGAUGUGUUACCGCAAGGUGCUGGUAAAGGACAAGCUCUUGCUUAUUUGCAUAAAAAGUUAAAGGAUGCGGGAAAAUUACCAAAAAAUACCCUUGCAUGUGGAGAUUCCGGGAAUGAUGCCGAGCUUUUUACCAUUCCAGACGUGCAUGGUGUCAUGGUACAGAAUGCACAGGAAGAGUUGUUGCAAUGGCAUGCUGAAAAUGCCAAAAAUAACCCUAAGAUCAUUCAUGCAACUGAAAGAUGUGCAGCCGGUAUCAUAGAAGCCAUCGGUCAUUUCAAAUUGGGUCCAAAUAUUUCAUCCAGAGACGUAACUGAUCUAUCAGAUGCUAAAUUGGACCAUUUUGACCCUGCGUAUGAAGUAGUCAAAUUUUACUUGUUUUUUGAGAGAUGGAGACGUGCAGAAGUCGAAAAUGCUGAAGUCUAUUUAAGCAAUCUAAAAUCUGUCUGCUCGCCUUCGGGUGUCUUUGUUCAUCCAUCGGGUGUUGAGCGGUCUCUUCAUGACUGCAUUGAUAAACUAAAAGAUUGUUGCGGGGACAAAAAAGAUAAAAAAUAUCGCGUUUGGGUUGAUCAAGUUUUCCCGUCGCAGCUUGAUUCCGACACUUGGAUUGUGAAGUUUAAGAAGUGGGAGCAAACUGGUGAAGAGCAACAGGGUUGCUUGACCACGGUUAAAGUCAGCUCAAAGGGUGUUAAGCCUAGUGAAGGGCUCACAUGGCUUCAUGUGCACCAGACAUGGAUUGCUGGCACGACACAAAAUACUCGCAACGAUUGGUUCUUUUAAGGUUGUAUGUCCAGCCGACCUCUGAGAAAUCUUGGAUAAAUAAGUCGCGUUUAAUAAUAAAUGUAGAAAAAUCAUUCUCAUAAUUCUGUUGAAGGUCGUUUUCUGUUGUAGUAUACUCUUAAGAUGCUCUGCUUUUUGCAAAUUGCUUAUGGAAAGAAAGAAUACUAAAGGCAAGUUGCUCUAGCUUUUAGAAAGUAGCAUAGCCCGUAGGAAUAUACUUGAAGCUGCUUUAGCUUUUAGCUUGUGAAAUUCUUUUGGUCUU